AUGAUGAAUAAAAGAGAUGGUUCAACAACAUCACAAACUUCUUAAAUACAUUCACUAUAAAAUGUAUUUGAGAUCAUUGCAAAAUAUAGUAUUUUAUGCUCGGAGGAUAAGUAUUAAUCAAUUAUAUUGCAAGGUAUAUAUAAAAAAAAAAUAUUGCUUAAUUAAGUAAAUAUGAAAAGCCUCGUUAAAGAAGGUCAUAAUCCUUAUUAUAAUAAGUUUUAGAAAAAAAAAGUGAGCUAUAAUCAAAUUUAUAAAAAAGAAAAUGCUUUAUGUAAAAAAGAAAAUAUAUAGUCUGA